GGCGAGCCGCCUAUUGGGGGCGUCCUGUUUCUGCUGUCUAUUCCUUUGUAUCUCGCUCUGUCGUUGCUCGUUCCCUCACGGUUGCGGGGAGAGAUCUCUCUUCCAAAAGGGAAGAAUCUCUCUCUCUCUCUCUCUCUCUGUGUUCCAGAUAUGGCGUGGAACCCUCGCUGCUCGGCGAUCUCGCUCGCAUCCUUCUUCUUAUUGUUUUUGUUUGCGGAUGUGUCUGCCACCGGAUUCAUUUCAGAUCAAAUAUUUGAGCAACACCACUCAAUCGGCAGGGGUCUACUUCAGGUGGAAAAGAAUUGCCCUGUAGACUUCGAAUUCCAGAACUACACCAUCAUCACUAGCCAGUGCAAAGGACCACGAUAUCUGCCAACUCCCUGUUGCAAUGCAUUCAAGCAAUUUGCCUGUCCCUUUGCUGCAGAACUUAAUGACCUGACAAAUAACUGUGCUAGCACAAUGUUUAACUACAUAAACCUUGCUGGAAAUUAUCCGCCAGGGCUCUUUGCAAAUGAGUGCAGAGGUGACAAAUAUGGACUCUCGUGCAAUGGGACCACAACAGGGAAUUCUCAAAUGAACAAUUCCACCAGCGGAGCGCAUGUUGCCUAUGGUUCUUCACUCGUUCUUCUUAUGGUCAGCAUCCCAAUCUUUAUGGUUUCUUAGAACCAUUUGUAUAUUUGAAGCUGAACUUGGUUCGUAUAUUCUUUAUGUAAUGUCGAUUUCCACACUAUGGUCCUUGUAUUUGUAACGUGUUGCAACAUCUCUAGAUCUUGUUGUGCCGGCCGACUGCGUGAAGAUUCUUAUGUGCUGUCGUGUAUUUGAUUACCUGGACAAAACAUAUUAGCACUUCUUGAGGAAGUUUUGUACAAGAAACAUUCUUCAUUAUUUUUAAUCGUUUUGAUUUCUUAA